CGCGCGGCCGCAGCCAUCAGGAUAGUCCGUCCCGUCAGCGUGUGUUACGAGGAGAAGGCUUCUGGAAAAAAUGGCGAGCUGGUGCGUGCGAGCGGUGCGGCAGAGCUGCUCUCUCCUGGCGUCUCCCGCGGUGAUCCGAGCAUCACCUCGGUUGUUAUGUACGGCCACUCAGCAGAAGAGCGGCCCCGGGUCGUCGGAGGAGGCGACGGCGGCGGCGGAGGCCGAGAAGAGCGCCGCAGAGAAAGCUCUGAGUGAGGAGAAGGCCCAGCUGGAGGAGCAGCUGAAGGACAUGACGGAAAAGUACAAGCGGGCUUUGGCGGACACGGAGAACCUGAGGACGAGGACUCAGAAGAUGAUCGAGGAUGCAAAGUUAUACGGGAUCCAGGGUUUCUGUAAAGACCUGCUGGAGGUGGCCGACAUCCUGGAGAAGGCCACGGAGAGCGUUCCCAAAGAGGAGGUGACGAGCCAGAACCCGCACCUGAAGAACCUGUACGACGGCCUGGUGAUGACCGAGGUGCAGAUCCAGAAGGUGUUCUCCAAGCACGGCCUGUCCCGGCUCAACCCCGAUGGACAGAAGUUCGACCCCUACGAGCACGAGGCGCUGUUCCACGCGCCCGUGGAGGGCAAGGAGCCCGGCACCGUCGCCAUAGUAACCAAGGUGGGCUACAAGCUGCAUGGGCGCACCCUCCGGCCGGCGCUGGUGGGGGUCGCCAAGGCGCCCUAGGACUGGCCGGCCGAAGGGAAACGGGAUUGGUUCUUGUUGCUCGGGCGACGGAUGACCGGUCAAAGGCACGCCCUGCAAAGCCCGUCCUCCGCUGCCCCCCUUCACCCUGAGGUGCCUCCGAGAGACGAGAAACCCACCAGGACUUGGUAUCUGGACCACAUCCAGCAGUUUAUAACACCGGACAGUCGUUUGUUAGAUUUCAGUCGUUUGAGUCGUGUCUGUUGUCGUCAGCCGUAUAAAUCAGUCAGUCGCAGGCAGAAGCUUGAAUCAUGAAGGAACUAAAGAGACCUUUUCAGAUUAAAUCACCAACCUCUGUCAGACGGUAUAGUGGUCACGAAGUGAGCAUGACUGGUAUCAUUCCACGAUAGUGUCUCCCCUGAACUUGGUUUUCCUGUUUGUGCUGUGAAUAAAAAAAACGAACGCC